AAAGUCUGUGUGGAGGCUUUAAACAGCAGCGAGCACCACCAGCCUUCAGUGGUCGUAAUGUCGUGUCACUGCGCUCUGUCUGUGGCCGUCCUGGCCUUCGCUGGACGCUGGUGCCUCGGUGCAGCCGAUGUUGGCGAUUUCGCUCCGUGCGUGCGGGUCUUCUACAAGUCGUGGCCUCCUAAAGGUCUGGCCGGGACCCCGAUCUGCCAGCGUUAUCACAACCAGUACCGCUUUGCCACGCUGUACAGUCGACCACGCCGCGCUCCGUGGUUCUCAGCCUAUUUGUACUCUGCACCAACAGGAAAGAGACCCCACUCAACCUGGAAGUUUGAGCCACAGCUAGCCUACCCAGAGGCUGAUGGCAACAUGGUCCCCUUCCAACCGGGCCCUCUGGACCAGAACGUGGUGGACAGCCAGGCGGUGGAGCCAGACUACAUUAAUUCCACAUAUUCUCGGGGCCACUUGAACCCCAGCCUUCACCACCAGAGCCACGAGGAUCGCGCUGCCACCUUCACCCUCACGAACGUAGUUCCUCAGAAGGUGGGCUCCAACGACGGGCCCUGGGAAGCUCUGGAGCAGACUGUCAACAAAACCCUGCAGGCCUACUGUCUCGGAGAGGCUUACAUAGUGACUGGCAUCAUCCCUUACCUAAAGGACGAGCGCUGGCUCAAGAAUCAUCGCGUGGCUGUGCCUGAGUACAUGUGGUCCGCCUACUGCUGCCCAAACUACAACAGCAGUCUUCCAGACGAGCUGAAGGAUGAGUUCCCCACAUAUGCCGCCAUCGGCCGCAACGACCGCAACAGCACCGAGGAGAUUGUGCCAGUUAGCGAGACAGCAAAGAAGCAGUUCAGGGGGUAUGAUGUGAGACAGAUGCCUCUGGACACACUGGAGAUGUACCUGAGGGACAGGUUCCAGACUGUUGUCAGCGUUUUUUAUGAGCAGUGCUCUGGAUCAGACUGAUCUGCACACAUGCAAACACAUGCAGACACAAACACACACAGACUACAUUCUGACAAUCAUCAGGUCUUUGAAGUGCUCAUGCUCCUUUAAUUUGGUUCAGACUAAACAUACAGGGUGUGAGAAGACUGAUACCACUUUCAGGGUGAUUAGCUUAGCUUAGCAUAAAGACUGGAUAUGGGGGGAAACAGUUAGCCUGGCUCUGUCAGAAGGGUAAAAAACUAAAAUCUGCCCAUCUUCUCAGUCAAAGCCAAUUUAUGUAAUUAUUAGAACAUAACCUUCCAUAAAGCCUUUUUGUGUUUGUCUCGCACUGCAUUUUAUACAAAUUAAAGAAACAAGAUAAAAUGCAUUCAUCAGUGAGCUUCAGAGGUGAUUUUGGAUGGAGCCAGGCUAGCUGUUUCCUCUUUUUUCCAGUCUUUAUGCUAAGCUAAGAUAACCAGCUGAAGUCAUUUAUUCUAUCAAUCCAUCUCUACUAUAUAGUAUGCAUAAUGGCAUUCUCCUUGUCAGAGUACAUGUAGACUCUAGUGCUCACGCUGCAGGUUUGCAGCCAUACAUGCACCAAGUACUUUGAACCACUAGGUGGCGACCGUGUGCAAUACUUGUAGAUGGUGAAAAGCUGUUUCAGUGCUCCUCUGCUCACUCUCAGUGCAGCUGCAGGGACUUUUCCAUGAAGUUUCAUCUUCUGUGGCAUUUCAAAGAAACACCAGACCUCAUUAUCUUGGAAAUCAACUUGUGUUUUAUCUUAUAAUUUACUAAAUAAUGUCAAUGAUUUUUCAUUUCACGUUUAAAACAGAAACCAAAUUUCAAUGUAUUUUGCAUCACCUGCAUUUUCAUAAGACUUUCUGAAGAUGUGUAAUAAGUAGAAAUUAUAUUUGUGUUUUAAAUCAACAACUAACACAGGCUGAUAAAUUACUGAGAUGACUCAUUUGGACAAACUUGCUCCACAAGUUUGACAGUUCUGAAACUUUGCCAAGACUUUUUUUAUCUUAAUGAUCACUACAACAUGUGUUUACGCAUAUCAGACUCUUUAUUGCAUGAACAGAUGGUAACAAAAGCACAGGUAUAAGGGCUAAACAUAUGCUAACACUACACACUGGUGUGUCAAACUUGAUUACUGGGACAAAAAAUCAUCAUGAGCCUUAGAAAGCCUGCUGUGUGAUUGGAGUGAAGAGCUUGUCCCACAGCUCCACCUUCAUAAUGGCCCUGCCCAUAGGGGACAUGGUGCACAGGAUGUCCAGCUGCUCGCCUUCAUACAUGAGGCAGCUGCCGUGAGCCUCCGCCCGCACAAAGCCCCGCUGCUCCUUGUUGUAAUACAUCUCUUUGUACAGACUCUCGUCGCACUCUUUGCCCUUGUCGUAGAUUCCCACGGCCACCCAGUUCUGGUACAGGUUGUAGUCGUACGGCACAGAGAACAUUAUAGCGAUGGACUCCUUCGCGCCUUUGCUGUUCCUCUCAAACACAUCGUAGGUCAGGACGCCCACUGCACCCGAGGCUUUGGCGCUGGUCUUGCUGAAGUUGCACACCUCAGUCUUCAGUGGUCGCACGGUGGGCUGGGGUGGGCUGUGGCAGUUGCCGCUGUUCAGGUAAACCCUUUUGAAAAUCAAAAAAACAAAGAAAAGUAGUAGAAGAGGGCAACUAGAUAAUGAAUGAGUGCACUUACUGUGAGAAACUGGCAGAUUGUCACUCAAGCUGCGGUUGUAUUUUAACCUCAAACGAACGUGCACUCUGCUAAACAAGUUUGUCUUUCCAGUCUCGCACUCACUUGGGGUCAAUCAGGCAGAAGUUGUUGGUGACGUUGGUGAUCUCGAUGGUGACAUUUCUCCGGCUUUUGAGGUUAGCUGCCACAGCCUCUGCUGAUUCACUCAUCCUGCUGCUGAAGGCUGCGACAGAGCACGACAGGUAAACUGCAGAUCUGUGUUUCUGUGCAUUGGAGCAGCUUCAUGUAUACAUACAGCUGUUAAAGCGCCUAUACAAAAAACAUGGACGUGCUAAAUCCUUCUACUGUACACCACAAAUCACUCAAUAUCUGUCGGUAAACCAGCUUACCUGUCCGGAUCACAGGUGUGCUGCUCGCUCAGGUAAUACCAGCUCUGAAACAGCGGGUUCACUCCUUAGAUGUUUCUUGUUGGGCAAUGUGUGACACCUAAAUCCCGCCCAUAACCGUCUCCACCCACAGCUACGCCCUGUUGCUCACAGUCUCAAACUUUUUGUCCCAUCAACACCUGAGGUUUGUGUCCCGGGUGGAGCCAUCGGUUACAACAGCACCGUGCUGUUUUCUGUCUCUGUAACGCUGUUAUUUUGUCAAACCAGGAGCCGGUUGGUUCAGAUUUCAUGACCACGUCUUGCACCACACUGUCUGUGAAUGCACCACACCUUCUGAGUCCGGGUCCAAGAAGUUUUUACUGUCUGACUGUGAGGACAAACAGUCGGUACCUCCCAAAAACUGAGCUCACUCUAACUGAUUCCUGUUAUAUCCGCUGAAGAGAUUCAAAUCUUUCACUUGUCAUUUUGUCACCUGUUGUUUCUGCAUGCAAACGUUUGUGAUCAUGUGUGAUGAUUCAAAUUAAAGGAAAGACGACAC